AUGAAGGAGGAAAACCUCUCCCCGGAGUCCCCCGAGGGCAGCGCGGCCACCAGCGAGGACGAAGCCGAGAGGCUGCCCAGGAAAAGCGGCCGCAAGCGCGGGCAGGGCCCCGGAGGAGCCCCCUCGCCGCAGGGCAAGCGCAGCCGGCGCAGCCCGGCCCCGCAGCCCCCCGAGGAUGCCCACGCCCAGCGAGUGAUCGCCAACGUGCGGGAGCGCCAGCGCACCCAGUCCCUCAACGACGCCUUCGCCGAGCUGCGCAAAAUCAUCCCCACGCUGCCCUCGGACAAGCUGAGCAAGAUCCAGACGCUGAAGUUGGCCGCUCGCUACAUCGAUUUCCUGUGCCAGGUGCUGCAGAGCGACGAGCUGGACCACAAGGUCGCCACCAGCUGCAACUUCCUGGCCCACGAGAGGCUCAGCUACGCCUUCUCCGUGUGGAGGAUGGAGGGCGCCUGGUCCAUGUCGGCGUCUCACUGAGCUGGGUCUCUGCCUCGAUGGAAGCAGCUCCAACACCCAAAAUCCCACAGGAACCACCCUGGAGAGAGGAGGGAACGAUCCCCAAACCCCCGGCAGCCCCGGGGAUCCCAAAAACUUUAGGAAUGAGCCCGAGGGAGCAGCAGGAGCUGGUUUGAGUCUCUUCGGAUGCUGCCGGAGGAACUCGGGGCUGUGAUUUAUUGUGGGCUCGCAGGUAAGGAAUGAUCCCAGAUUCCUGGAGCCUCCUGGAGCGGGCAGGACAAUUCCUCUGGAAUGAGGGGAAGGGGAAGGGCUGGAGCCCCCCUGCGCUUUUAUCCCGCUCCGAAGGCUCUGCCGGGACCUUCCCACGGAUUCCCAUGGAUGAGCACAGGGUGGGAUUUGGGGGCUGCUGACCCCCACGGAUUGACCUCAAAAACUCCCUGCUGGAACCACCCGAAUCCUUGGAAUUUAUCGGCACUCCAGGCUGGAGACGGAGCCGGCGGGAAUGGGGGAUUUUUGGGGCCGUUUUGGGAACUCUGGGGGGAUUUGGGCUCUUUUUGGGGGCACAGAAAGGACGAUGGAGGUGCCCAAAACCACCCCAAUAAAGCCCAGGGGGAAUUUUCCAAGGUUCAAUCCUCGUGUUUCCUACGGAAGCUGCCGGCUCCCCUCGGCUGAGCCGCUUUUAUUGCAAUCAGGCAAAACAAAAUCAGAGUUUUUUGCCUGUUAUGGCACAAAAAAAGGGGGAAAAUCCUUUCCAGGGAGGCCCGAACCCCCAAAUAUUCCACGGGAGAGGAGUUCAGUUGUGAUCAGAUUUGGGGAACACCGGAGAAUCCACAGAGGAGCCACAGGAAAGCCCAGAGCGACCUUUUCUACCCAAUUCCCAAUUUUUCCGGGCAGUGGGAGUGGAUUCCCUGCUCCGGGGAGUGGAUUGCAGCCUUCAAAAAAAAAUCUGGGGAUGCUUAAAAAAAUUUCAAAACUCCCUUAAAAACGGGGCUGUGGUUCCUUCGUUCGGUGCCUCAUGGGAAGGAGAAACAAAAUCGGUUUCAGAAGUUUAAAAUCUUCAUUCAAAAAAUAAUAAAUUGUGCUUGAACAAUAAAGGGGAAAAACCUGAGGAGUGAGACUCCGGCUUCCAACCAAUUAUUAUUAUUAUUUUUUUUUUAAAAAAGGUGAAAUAUAUUUAAAAAAAAAAUAU